CAGUAGUUCCAACAUCACCACUACAACUUCUGAUUCCGAGGACAUGUCCCUGUCGUGCUUCUUUAACCCUCUUCAUGGCUGCUUGCUCCACGCAGACGGCCACGGGGAGGUGUGGACAGACUGGAACAGCACAUCAAAAUUCUUCCAGUAUGGGUGGAGGUGCACCACCAACGAGGACAUGUAUGCCAACAAAACCCUCUUGGGGAACUGGAAUGAGGAGCGUUACGAUAUCCAGAGAAGGAGGCAACUCAAACCUCUUCCUUCCCAGUACGGUCACUAUUUCGAGUCCACGUACGGGUCAGACUAUUCCAAGGAAAUGCCUCGCAGAUUAAGAAGGGUGACGCGAGAGCCUCACUGGUUCCCCGGACACCAGCCUGAGCUGGAGCCCCCUCCGAUCAAGCCCACCGCUCGGUCGUGCUACAUGAUCGACUACGAGCCUCCACACGGCAGGGCAGUCUGCUCUCUGACCGAAGGGAAGCCCAAGGCAGCAGAGGAAACGCCGCUGAAGCAGUAGGCCGCUGCUCCAGGAUCACCUGGGGGGUGGAAAUCUCUGCUGGGAGGUCUCCUCGCCCCACCACGAAGACUAGAAGCCUGCUUGCUGGGCGGAAGUUCCUAAAAUAA